AUGGUAAACAGCGACAGUGCCCCGAAAUCUCUGGCAGAUUUAGUCUUCGACCCCAAACACUACUCGAAGCUACUUGCUAGCAGUUCCAAGGACGGCCAACCGAGCCCACAGUCAAAGCCAACUGUGCAAGCCCAAUAUACUCCGCAGCCGAGUCGCCAGACUACACCAGGAAAUCCUCCCCCCGUUUCCAUUAGCGACUUGAUCCUGAAUGGUGUCACCUACGAUGCAAUUUUGGCAUCGAGCGUAAAGAAACUGUCUGUCGAGUCCCCGAUUGCAGACGCGACGUCGCCCAUGAAUUCUAAUUUCCCUCCCCCCAACACCCCUAUUGACGCAAGCCACCCAGUUCACCGAAGUAUGGAGCAGGUUGUGGAGGAAGCAAUGCGUCCGAACUAG